AUGGAUCCCAUCAGUGCGUUUGGAGUUGCUGCUGGAACUCUGCAAGUUGUCGACUUCGCAGCCAAAGCCCUGCUGGGAACUAUUGGAAUUCUAAAGGAGGCCAGCAAUACGCCAAAACGGAUGACACUUCUUUUGCAAGAUGUGGAAAAAUCUGUAGAGCACAUCCGCCUUCUGCGCGAACUCUUUGGUGGUCUCGAAUCCCUGUCGGGCAAGCUCAACGGAUCUCAUCUUGACCAUGUAAAUGACAACAUCACCGACAUAUGUGAAGCCAUCGGCGACUUGAAGAACACCUUGGAACCUGUUGUCCGCAACUGCAAUGCGUCAUCUCCCCACAAACACCAGCAAAUUCUUGCUGCCAUGAAAUCUGUGACAGCAAGAUCUCAAGUUGAACAAAAAGCUUCUAGGCUUAUACUUCUCGGACAGAUUCUCUCAGCAUCACUACAAGGAGUGAUUCUGGAAUCACAGGAGAUCUUAACGAAACAAAUUGGGCAGACUUCUCUAAUGUCUCAAUUCCAACAUGACGAGCUGACCGCUCAAAUUAACAGUCUGAAGUUGAUGUCGCAGAGUAUUCAAGGGAACAUCCAAGAUCACCAACUGGUUGUCGAUAGGCUUCAGCAAAAGGUUGCAUCCAGUGAGACUCAGAUCGAUCGUAUACAUGACCACGUUGCAGGCCUCUCACAGUCAUUGGACUCUAUUGAUAGCCGGAGUCAAAGGAUUGAAGCGAAUCUGGAAGUCAGUCAGGCAGAUCUACGCCUGAAUCAGAUGCGGUUUCAGCACACACUCCAAUCCGCAAUCAAAGAGUAUGACGCUACUCGAAAAGAAAUUUUCCAGCUACGAGACGAUUUUAUGCAAUGGAUUGCAGGAAACCACGGUAGCUUAUCAUCUCCACCUGAGUCUUUCAAUCGUCUGGAUGAUACAAUGAAAUCCAAUGUGAGGCUCAGCCUUAUCAGCAAACUCGCAGAAGCUCCUAGCGCCUUGAAGAGCGCGUGUGAGCAUGUGUCAUACGGUAUACGUACAGUGAGGAAGUCAACGAGAGCUGACUCGCAGUCAACACAGGGAUGCGUUUGUGUGCCAACGCCAGAUCGACGCAUCACUAGGAAAGGGUGUGUAAGCUUCGAAUAUGAAUCGAUAUCCGAGCACCUGCCAAAAUGUAGGAUCUAUCAAAAUCGGAAGAGAUUUCGGAAUUAUACCGUGGCAGUCCAACCUCUACCUCUAAUACGAAGUACGCUCGCUCUAAUCAUUAAGAACAAGUCUGGAGCUGGAGGCUGCUCUAUGGGGAUAAGUCUAUCUUAUCACCGGACAGUCAAAAGAUCUGAAUCGGAGCUAUUCAAACUGUUUGACUCCUUUCCUAGGAAAUUGUCUAAGAAAGCCUAUAGCCACAGCUCUCUCAGUGAGGAGAUGUCCUUUCUGCAAGACUACGAAGGCGGUGAGCCUCCCAGUACCAUUACGUUCAGCUGCAUGCCGAUGGAGAUUGAAAAAGAAACAAGCGAAUGGGUGCAAAGUUUCAAUAAGUUGCUGGAACGGGGUUGUGUUUGGGACAAAGACGAACACGGAAACACUUGCCUUCAUGUAAGUCGUCCUGAGGAGUUUCUCGCCGCCGCUAAGCGUUGA